AGAAGCUGCCGGGGGAGCAGGUCGCCGCGAGAGAACCGGGGCGUCGCUGCCUCGGCCGUGCCUGUCCUUUCCCCGCUCCCAGUUCCGACGAGGAGGUCUGGCUUUGAAUCCCUGCUUAUCAAGUCUGUCUUGGAUCUCAGCGGCCCAUCUAUAAAACUUUGGAGAGACAUGGACCUGCCACUGGAGGAGCCGCCAACCCAACCUCAGUCAGAGCUGCCGCAGCCCCCUCCCCCGGCCCACGCGUGUGAGCUGCGCACUGCUGUGUCUUGCUUUGCAGAGGAGACCGUCUCCCUGCUGUCAGCCAACGGCCUGUUCAGCCACUCCCUUAUCAGGACAGCAGGCAGCGUGGGGGCGCAGCAAAAGGAUCAGGGCCCCCUCUCGAGCAUGGUCCGACGCAAGCGGGAAUUUACCCCCGAUGAGAAGAAGGAUGACGGCUACUGGGACAAGAGGAAGAAAAACAACGAGGCAGCCAAGCGCUCUCGGGAGAAGCGGCGUGUCAGUGACAUGGCCCUGGAGGGGCGGGUGCUGGCGCUGCUGGAGGAGAAUGCCCGCCUCAAGGCAGAGCUCCUGGCCCUCAAAUUCCGCUUUGGCUUGAUUCGGGACCCCGCUGAACCUUCCCAGCCAGGGGCACCUCUUACCACUGAACUCCACCGGCCCACCGCGGCGCCUCAGCCCUACCCAGUGGCUCCUGAGCCUCCACGCUACACUUGCUCCUUCCGGCCAGAGCCGCCCACCAGCUCUGAGGAUUCUGGUUUCUCCACUCCAGGCAGCUCCAAUAUGGGAAGCCCUGUCUUUUUUGAGGAGCGUGACAGACCCGAGGAAGGAAUGGUCUACGACGGCCACUGCCUCGUGGCUGAAGCCCCUGGUGACGGAGCCGAGUUGGGCCGAGUUGGCCGUUAUGACUGCGGGGAGAGCGUCAAAGGGCUCCCUCACAAGCUGCGUUUCAAAAUGGCCGGGGGGUCAGAGGAGAUGACGGGGGAGCCACCGGGACAUUAUCCCCCGUCUCCGCCCGUGGGAACCUGGAGGGGGCUGGCUGCCCGGGAGGAGCCCAGGAAUGUUGGAGCACCUGCAGGCACGAUGGCGUUCAAUAGUUGCUGUGAAGUGGAGGCUCCCAGUGGUGCCCAGCUUCCAGCCCUCCAGGGUGCUGAGUACCAGACAGAAAACAGUACCCUGCGGAGUCAGCUAGCCUCACUUUCAGCUGAAGUGGCCCAGUUGAAAAAGCUCUUCUCUGAACAGAUCCUGAUCAAGAUGAACUGAACUGGGGUGGGGCGGGUAGAAGGCAAGGCAGGAGGGUGGGCACCGUAGCGGUUCCUCUCCCUGCCCCCAACCUAUCAAAGCCCAGUAAAAUUUUUUUUUGCAGAAUUUGGCCCUGCAGGUUGGGCGGACCGGGGGGGGGGGUAGUUUGUUUCUGUUUCGAUUAAUGCAAACCCUUCCUCUAGAAUAUGUGAGCCUUGUGGCGAUUACCCUGUCCCAGUGGCUUUCAACCUUUCUCCAUUCAGGUGACUUUUCCAACAUGACCUUCUCUGUGGCAGAACCCUUGUGUAUUUUCAGAAGAUUCUGGGAGGCCACUUAUGUCAUGGAUACUUAAUUCAGUUUACGUGUGGCAAAUAGGGCCCAGAAUUCUCCCACUAACACUGUACGGGCAGUGCAAUUUGGCCUUAAGGGAGCCGUGUCUGCCAUUGCUGGACAAGCAUCUGUCGGGGAUGCUUUAGGGUGGAUUCCUGCAUUGAGCAGGGGGUUGGACUCGAUGGCCUUGUAGGCCCCUUCCAACUCUGCUAUUCUAUGAUUCUAUGAUUCCACUGGAGGGAGCCCUUGAUAAGCUCCUGAGGAUCUUGAGAACAGAGUCUGGGAGCCAAUAUCUGGUUCAAGGUUAAGGCAGCCCAACCCAACCUAAUCAGUAGGGCUGUGCUCCACUCCGCUCCAGAUCCCCGGAUCCGGAGCAGAUCGGGCCGAUCCGGACCCCCUAAAUUCGGGUCGGGGGAGGUCCGGAUCGGCUCAGAUUGGUUCAGAUUGAUCCGGAUCGAUCCGAACCGAUCCGGAGCUUCGGAUGCCAUUUUGGGUCAAACCGCAUUUUUUUUCCCUGUUGACUUGCAUUGGAAAAGAAAAACACCUAUAACUUUUUCAGUUUUUAAGACAGAAACAUGAAAAUGGGCACCAUGAUAGCUUCUAAAUAUAUCCUUAUUCAUGGCUGCUUUGAAGGAAAUGGGAUCAUCCCCUGAUUUUGGGGGAUUUUUUAAAGUCCCCCCCCCAUUUACAGAAAUGCAUUUAUCUCUGCCAUGACUAAGGAUAUAUUUAGAAGUUACCAUGGUGCCCAUUUUCAUGUUUCUAUCUUAAAAACUAAAAAAGUUAUAGGUGUUUUUCUUUUCCAAUGUAAGUCUAUGGGGGGAAAUCCGGACCUCCGGAUCUCGCUCAGGAUUCGGAUCCGGAUCGGUUUGGAAGAAGUCCGGAUUGACCCAGAGUGGUUCGGACCAGAUCGGGAUCCAGAGCGGAUCGGGGAGUUCUCUUUCCUUCUCAACGAGACUAACUAAUUUAGGCUCCUCUGUACAAGUCACCGUAGAACUAUGUUUAUUUCCUUGGUCAAAACAGUGGGUUCCAGACUACCUGAUCCUAGAAUUCCCUCUCUCCACUUCAUUCUUGUUUUCUUUUGCUAGACUGGAAAGUUAAAGUAGAUUAGGUUGAGCACACAGGUGCCUGUAGGUAUUUUUUUUUAAAAUAAAAUAAAAAUCCUUUCUGCAAUAGCCAAGCCAAGCCAACUGACAUGGUUGAUAAAUAAGGGGAAAAGAUUUGGUGCAUUGGGAUGGAGGAGAGACAAGGAUCUGGGCAGGAGGCUGCCCUGCAUUCCUCACAUCUUCACUGCCUCUUCAUUGCUGUGUCACCCUGCCCCAUGCUUAAUUUCUGGGCCUCUGAUCUGCCUGGAAGCCAAACUUUCUGAGUAUCCUUAAGGUCUGGGUUCUUACUGUGAGUGCUUUGUGCUGGAGAAAAGGCGAGUUGCACAUGCUCCAAAGUACUCUUUUUCUUUAUUAGCGUUUGAUAUGCUUGGCAUGGAAAAUAUUCAGGCUGUCAGCUGAAGAGUUUUUAGUUGCUUAAUUGCCUACCUUUUAAACAAAUGAUUUCAUUGAUUUAAAGAAAUGUGUGUACUGCCAUAUCCUCUGUAUGGGUUUCUUUUUGAGACAAAUGACAACUUUUAAUAAACAAAAGUUACCACAUGGUUAAAAGGAAA